AUGUCCGAAAUUCGCAGGAAGCUCGUCAUCGUCGGUGAUGGUGCUUGCGGAAAGACCUGUCUUUUGAUCGUCUUCUCCAAGGGAACCUUCCCCGAGGUUUACGUCCCCACCGUCUUCGAGAACUACGUCGCCGAUGUAGAGGUCGAUGGCAAGCACGUCGAGCUCGCCCUCUGGGAUACCGCCGGCCAGGAGGACUACGAUCGUCUCCGCCCCCUGUCCUACCCCGACUCCCACGUCAUCCUCAUCUGCUUCGCCGUGGACUCGCCCGAUUCGCUUGACAACGUACAGGAGAAG